UCGCAACUGUCGCAUCCCACCUUCAGUUUUCCUACCCUUCCAUCAACACAUUGACAUUUCCAUUCAACUGUCCACUCGCAGCGACCAUACCCGCGACAUAUUUACGAAUCAUCGCGCAUUGCAGAAACCAUCCACUGACUGCGCCACACCAUUGAAGCGCCGCCAUGGCGCCACCCAACCAACUGGGCAAACGCGUCAAGCUCACACAGGUCCGCCGCCCCUUCAUCAUCGGCAGCACGGCCGUCCCCUUCUCCGACGCGAACCCCAAGCCCCCGGGCGUCGCCGAAAACCACACGCACUCCUGGAAGGUCUUUGUCAAGGGUGUCGAGGACACAGACAUCACCUACUGGCUGCGCCGGGUGCAGUUCAAACUCCACGAGUCCGUGCCAAACCACGUCCGCAUGGUCGACGGGGAGCCGGGAAAACCAUUCCUCGUGACGGACACGGGAUGGGGUGAAUUCGACGUCAACGUCAAACUAUACUAUGUCAACGAGAGCGGCGAGAAACCACAGACGACGUACCACUACCUGCGCCUCCAUCCGUACGGUAGGACCGAGGAGGAGAAGCAGGCCAUGAUCACAGAGCACGGCGAGGUGCGCUCGUGGGCCUACGAGGAGCAGCUGUUCAAUGAGCCCUUUGACGCCUUCUAUCGCAUCCUCACGGCCGGCGCUGUUCCCAAAGGCUGGAAACCGGCGGGCGGCAAGGGCAAGGGCAAAGGACGGGCAGCCGCGCAACCGCCGCCGCUGCCCGACCCUGAGAGCGGCGAGGUCUGGGAUCGGACAGCCAUGAUCCCCGCCAGCAACAGGCCCGGGCAGCCGUUCAGCCGCGAGACAGAGGCCGCCGAGAUCAAAAAGCUGAAGGAGGCUCAGGCGGUGGCGGAGGAGUGGACGCAGAAAACGCUGGCCGAGCUCAAGGCCAAGGAGGAGGAGUUGGCACGUCUCAAGAGCGAGAAUGGCUCGGCGACGACCGCGACGGGGAAAGCUGCCUCUUAGAGAGGGGGGCGAUCCCUAGUCAGAGGGCGAGGCGGGUUCAGGAGGAGAGGCUCUCCAUGGGCAGAUUAGGACAGCCUUGACCACAGUCACUGUAAACCAGACGUACACAAACACACAUAGCACCAAAGUUGCCCGACCUUUUUCCAACGUUAUAGAUUGGAGUGUGUUCCUAGGACUCUCGUCCCCUUCCCUUACCAUGUCGUACACUGAUCUACACAAACGUACUCGCAGUCAAAAUCCCAAACGCCAGUCCCGAUUCCCGACUCCCUCUUCCUUGUGCCUAAAGUAUCCUCCCGGGACUGGCAAUUUCAAAC